AUGUCUCUACUUCUCAGCCGGGUCUCGAAGUUCCGUCUUGGGGAGCCAGCGUUGCUGAGAAGAUCAUACUUUCGUCUUCUCUCCAGUGGCUUCUCAUCUUCCAUGUUGCAAACACCUGCUUGUUCAAUCGCCAGAGCUGAACCUUGUGGAGAUGAUCUCGGAAAACUCGUCAUUAGGAUUGAUAAUGAAUACUGCGACACUUAUUUGGAAAAGAAGGUGCCUCUAGAGUUGAUGAAUGAAAUGGUUACGGUCGGGGCAUCUCAUGGUUGGGUAGCUACUUUGAAGGAGGACGGCAUUGUGCGUCUCCAAGAUGAUUUGAACCCGGUUGCAUCUGACACCAAUCCAAAACGCAUAGCUCUGCCUCCUCUUGUGACUCUACCUCAUUGCCAAACCAAAGUUGUGACCAACGUGGCUAUGUCUACAUCUUCCCCUGAGGAUGAAGACUGUGUUGUGGCUGUGAAGUUCUUGGGACCACAACUCAGCCUUUGCAGACCAGCUCAAUGUAAGUGGACCAACAUCAUGAUCAAGAACCCUUGUUUCUUCUCUUCCCGUGUCAUGUUUUCUGAGAAAGAUGACAUGUUUCGCAUGCCCGGAUCAGGAGGACACCUCAUUGGGUCAUGGGAUCGUUUGGGCAAACAACACAAGUUUCAGAGGUUGCAGUUUAAAAACCUUCCCGAGCUGACAAAGGCCAAGCGGGAGCUUCUGUAUUCUUGUUCCGUGAGCGAACAUUUGGUGGAGUCACGAACCACAUGCGAGACUUUCUUAGUCAAGUGGUUUAGAAAGGCUAACCCAAAAUGUUUGUCGAAAAUGAAAACCAGAGGUGUAAUGGUUUUCAAGCUAGAAGAACAAGGAAAAGCUGUUUACACUCAAGACAUAGGUGAACUCAACAUAUUCAUUUCAAAAUCUGAAGCCUUCUGUCUCCCAGCUGGUUCAAUUCCCUCUAACUUCGUUGAACUCUUGGAUUUUGAUGAAAUGACCAAUGUCUGUUUGGAUGGUUACUUUAUUGGCCCUGGAAAUUUUACAUCCAUGGCACCUUACUUUAUUCCACCUCAAAAUAAAAUAUAG